CGAUGAUUAUGCAAGUUUCAACAGUGAACUCGAAUGCUUUCCAUCUCGAACAGAGAUCGACCAGCGGCAGCCACGUCUUUCGCUUUCUUGCCCUUCUGUUGGAUGCUUCUAACUCACGGCUGAUCGAGGUGCUGGUCGCACGUGCGCCAGCUCGCCCCAGCAAAAGGAAGAACACACCAACACCGAUCAUUCGCGGAGGAAAGAGAGAGGAAGCCAGAAAGGCAGAAACAGGUUUCACCCAAGAAGAUGCUGCCGCGGCUGCUGCUGGUCCACGAAAAGCGUCAACUCCGAGAUUACCGCGGUGGGACAUUGAAAUAUCGUGGAACGAACCCGACGUUCUCCGUAGUAAACGGAGUAAAUAGCAUUUGUUACCUCUUCUUGCGUACUGUAUACUGUAUGUAGGGUUAAUCGCGUAGGUUAAUCGCUUGCUCGACUGUGACG